AAACAGACACAUAGUCUCGGGUUCGGAUUAGACAAAGAUAUAUAAGCUGGUGUCAGAGAGCAAGUUAGACACAAAGUCAAGAGACAGCGACAGAGGAAGCCAUGGCUUUAGAAAAGAGCGAAGCAACUCCAUUACUGCUGAAUAGAAAGAAUAACCAGUAUAAAACUAGAAAUUGCUUGCUGUUUCUUGCAGCCUUUUCGGCUGUUCUAGGCAAUUUAAUUUUUGGAUUUGCCAUGGUAUUUCCCUCUGCUGUGAUUCCACAGCUUAAGAUGGAAAACGAUCCAAAUCUGCCCAUGGACGUUCAUAUGGUUUCCUGGUUUGGGUCUGUUUUUGCGAUCGGAGCUAUGGUAGGAGGCUUGAGUGCCAUGGUGUUGAAUGACAAAAUUGGAAGAAAACACAGCAUCAUGAUAUCCGUAAUUCCCUCCACGGCAGGAUUUCUCAUGAUGGCCGCAGCGAAUAAAGUGUGGUUGCUUCUCCUGGGUAGAUUGCUCACAGGUGUCGCUGGAGGAAUUACAGCCAGCUCCAUUCCUGUCUACGUGUCAGAGAUUUCACAUCCAGGUGUCAGAGGAGCUCUGGGAUCUACUCCACAGAUAAUGGCUGUCUUUGGAAGUCUGGCACUCUAUCUUCUUGGCUUGGUUCUGCCGUGGCGGUGGCUGGCUGUAGCUGGGGAAGUUCCUGUUCUGAUUAUGCUCUUUCUGCUGUGCUUCAUGCCAAACUCCCCACGUUACCUCAUCACCAAUGACAAACGAGAUGAGGCCAUCAGAGCCCUUCAGUGGCUCAGGGGUCCUGAUUCAAACUACAUAACUGAACUCAAUCAAAUUGAGCGCAGUGUCAAUUCACAGUUUGUAAUAACGAGGAAGGAUCUUCAGAGUCCUUUUUUCUACAAACCCAUUCUUAUCUCAAUGUUCAUGAGAUUCCUGCAGCAGAUGACGGGUAUUACACCCAUCUUGGUUUAUCUGCAGCCCAUUUUUGAGGAAGCAGCUGUUUCACUGGAACCCAAGUUCGAUGCUGCAAUCGUGGGAUGUGUUAGACUGGUCUCUGUUAUUAUCGCGGCCAGUUUGAUGGACAAAGCUGGCAGGAAAGCUUUGCUUUACACAUCAGCAUUUAUAAUGUUUCUGGCCUCACUGACAAUGUCCAUAUACACCCACAACCCACAGUGUGAUCAUGUAAACAUUACUAGUGGGUACACACAUGGAGUCAUGAACAAUUCUGCCCUUACCUCCAGCACAAUUAUCCCCCUCAUCAGCAUCAUGUUCAUUAUAUUUGGUUAUGCAAUGGGCUGGGGUCCGAUCACAUGGCUGCUAAUGUCUGAGAUCCUGCCAAUGGCAGCACGUGGUGUUGCUUCAGGCCUGUGUGUCCUGGUAAGCUGGGCCACUGCUUUUGCUCUGACACAAGUCUUCAUGCAUGCCGUGGCAGCAUAUGGACUUUUUGCACCCUUUCUGUUCUUCUGUGUGAUCUGCGUGAUUAACAUCAUCUUCACAGCCAAGUGUGUGCCUGAAACUAAAGGGAGAACACUGGAAGAAAUCGAGAAUUAUUUCAGAACAGGACGCACCUUCACCAUUGCAGAGAGUUAGUUUUUAACAUGUAUAAGAAAUCUUUAAAUUAGCUGUGUGCACGUUGCACUUUUUGUAUAAUUUUUUAUUUUUAAAGAAAGCCAUCAUACCAUCAUAAUCUGUAAAAAAAAAUAUAUAAUAUUUAUACAGGCUACACAGUUAAAAAAAAUAUAAAUAAGUCUAAUCUAAAUUAAGUCUAACUAUGCUUCGAUAGGAGGAGUCUGAUUCGUGUUAUAAAUAGAGGAUCAUACCAUAUUGGUUCUAUGGAGGUGCUCAAUGCCUGAUUUCACCUACAAAGAACUACUGUUUUUUUCCCCCCAAUAAAUUAAUAUAUAACCUGAUAUGAUGGUGCUGCAAAGAAAAGCAUAAAUCAAACUCCUCUGUGAGAGAUUUAAGUUUCACUUUCCAUGAUCUAUGAUUGACACAGGAGCAUCUUGGCAGCAGGGAUAUAAAUAUUUAGCAAUGCCUGGGAAUGUAUUCUGUAAAUGUCUUAAACUGUAAAUAAAUAAUAAUUUUUUCCACUGCA